CGCAGCAUUAUAUAAAACCGACUAACAGUCGCUCUCCACAAACUGCACUCAGUUACUGGAUUAAAUUAAACAAGUUAAUACUAACAUUAUUGCAGUCAUAUACCUGGAAGAGAACAAUACUUGUUUUAUUGUUCAGCUGGGACCCACAGCAGAGAUUCAGUUCAAGACAACAAUGCAUUACAUCUCCUCAAUUAAUCAGGAGAAUUCUUCAUACUGGACCUAGCUUUGAUGUCCAGCCCGUUUGAGUCACAUCUCUCGCCUGCACUGCAUCCUGACCUCUUAAAGACGGUCAAGGCAAGUUAUACUGGAAUCAUGUCAGAGACUGGACAGGAUAGAUCUACACGGGUCGUAAGCAGUGGCUCAGACCAGGAUGAGAAGCAGGAAAAUUCAAGGAAAAGUAUGAAUAAGGAGGCAGGACGGGGACACAUUGCUAUGUUGGACAAAAUAGAGGACUUUUUCCAGAUCUGUGACAACGAGGAAAAGGGCUUCAUCACACGAACGGAUAUGACGAGGCUGCACAAAGAAUUGCCGCUCACUACUGAGGAACUCGAGAACGCCUUUGACUCACUAGAUCUUGACAAAAAUGGAUACCUGACGCUAGGAGAGUUUUCCUCUGGAUUUAGUAACUUUCUUCAUGGACGGAGAGUUUCCAUGUCGGAGGAACUAAUGACUGCAUCCUCUCAAAUAGUUCCAGAAGCUCUUGAUCAGAGGUCAGGGGAUGAACAGCUGUCAGAGAAUGAGGAUGAUGAAGAGAGACAUUUCAGCAUGUUGAUGGAGAGCUUGGGUGCAAGCAAUGUAUUUGAAGACCCGAGUGAGGUUCACAACCUGUGGGCUCAGCUUAGGAAAGAUGAGCCUCACCUCUUGUCCAACUUUGAAGAGUUCCUGGCCCGUGUCACGUAUCAAAUCAAAGAGGCACGACAAGACAGGAAGGAGAUGGAAAGUGCCCUCAGGAGGAAAGCAGCCACACAUGACACUGAAAUUUGCAGAUUAUACGAGGAAAUGGAGCAACAGAUCAUUCAUGAAAAAGAUCGAGCAAUUCUGAAGGACUCUGAAAAUCUGCAGUCGCGCAGUCAAGACCUUCAGCAGCGGCUCCGCUGUAAAGAACAGGAAUUGGAGCAGCUAUUCCAAAAACAGAGGAUGUUGGAGCGACAAUGUUGUGACCUUCAUAGCGAACACCAGGUGAGUCGACUGGAGAACGUUAAACUCAAAAUGACCAACGAGGAGCUGUCUCGUGAACUUGAGCACACGUGCCAGGAGCUAGUGUUGGCUCAGGAGCAGCUGGGCAUUCUGCAGGAGCAGGCCUCUCGACUACAGCAGGAACGAGAGAUGGAGAUGUACAGAAUCACAGAAGGCUUGCAGAGAGAAAAACAGAGCUUGAUGAAACAGCUGGAUCUACUCAGAGAAAUGAAUAAACAUCUACGUGAUGAGCGAGACAUUAAGUUUCUGAAAUGCAGUAAUUCAGUGAAAAAAUCCUCACGCAAGCAAAGACCGAGCACAGCCUCAAUGCAAUACACUGAGAGAAAACCAUCUGUCAGAAAAGAAGUUGAUGAAGAGGAAGUGACUCAGCGUUCUAACAGGAAGACCUCCUCUCUUGCAAACGGUCUCUGUUCACCCUUCAGCACAUGGGAUGAUGGGAAGCCAGAGGUGGACGGACGAUCUGAAAAAGUAGCUGGGGACUCAGAAGGUGUAAAGAGAGUGGAUGUGGAGGAUGCGCCACUGGAUGGAUGGCCUCUACGCAGAGUCAUAUCCAUCGAGGAGGAUCACCUCCCCCACCUGCUGCAAGGAGACCCUCACCUUCUCCUCCAUCAGCUAAGUGAAGAAGAAGAAGAGUCCAAUGCAUCCCUGGCCUCUGCUGACUCUCCACUACCAGUAAGAGUGAAGAAGCCGUCUAAGAAGAAAUGGAUCAGAGAAAACAUGCCCUCAUCUGCACGGGGUCAGCCAGUCGGAAAGGAGACCCUCCAGCAGGGUCCUGCAGAAAGAUCCGCAGCAUCCCCUCAGCGCCUCUUUAAAGUCAUUCUGGUGGGAAAUUCCAGCGUUGGCAAAACCGCACUGCUGCGACGCUUCUGUGAUGGACAGUUUCACUCUGCCACCACAGCCACUGUGGGCAUAGACUAUAGUGUGCGUACACUGAAUUUGGGGGACAGUCAUGUGGCUCUUCAGUUAUGGGACACUGCAGGCCAAGAAAGGUAUCGCAGCAUUACCAAGCAAUUUUUCCGUAAGGCAGAUGGCGUGGUGGUCAUCUAUGACAUCACAAUGGAGGACAGUUUCAGAUCAGUCCGCCCCUGGCUGACCAGCAUACAGGAGGCCGUAGGCGACCCUAUACCCGUCAUGCUCCUUGGCAACAAAUCGGACAAGGAGAAUGAGAGAGAAGUGCCGACAAAAGAGGCCGAUAUGCUAGCAGAGGAAGCAAACUUGAACUAUUACAAUUCCAACACUUAA